GCUGGUGUCGCACCUCCACCACUCCCUUAUCCGCUGGGCCAUGCAUGCUUUUGUUCGCAACCGUGUAGCCGCGCAGGAGAAACAAGCUGAGCCAGCCUCCGUCCAUCCAUGGAGUCAAUGGCCAGGGCAGGCGUAAGCUCGUCGGCGCAGCUCCGCCCGUGCUGCCCACGCCUGCGCCGCAGCCGCAACCGAAGCAUCCCGCGCCACCCCUCGAGCCGUCAUGGACGACGGGCAGUCGCAUGCUCGGCGGCUGGCGCCGACGUGGUCGACCUCUUCGACGCCGCCAAGCUCACGGUGGACAGGUUCGUGAAGAGCGGCAUGGUGGUCGGGCUAGGCUCCGGCCCGGCGUCCGGCCUGGCGAUCCAGUACCUCGGCACGCGCCUUCGCCGAGGGUCUCUGACCGGCAUCGUCGGAAUAACCUCGUCCGUGUUCAGUGCAAGUGAGGCAGACAAAGCAGGGAUACCGGUUAGCAGCUACCAGGAAGGCACACAAAUUGACGUUGCUUUCACUGAUGCUGAUGUAAUUGAAGAGGGCACGCUGGCUGCAGUCAUCGGCCGGCGAAAGAUCGAGAGCGGAGAGCCCUCUUUCAUGGAGGAGAAGGCAAUGGCUAAAUCAGCUGACAAACUUGCCUUCAUCACCGGGAAUGACAAAUAUGUGAAAGGUGUCGAGGGUUCCAUUCCAGUCCUGGUUAAAAGUGGAAACUGGAUAGACACCGCUGAAGAGAUCGAUGAUUUGUUCCUAGGGGAUGCAGAGGUUUGGAGGAGGCCAUCGUUUGGAACUGCCGGUCCACUGGGGGGUGACCACCCAUUGGUUACAAAGGAGGGCCAUCACAUACUCGAUGUUAUUUUCACAACUCCGAUCCCGAAUCUCGGUCAGGUAGCAGAGGGCCUGGACAAAAUUGCUGGCGUUGUGGAUCAUGGGAUUAUUGCUGGCAUUAGAUCAUAUGCUGUCAUUUCAUCAAAGGGGGAGGUGCAGGUCUUGGACGAGGAAUCCUCGGUGAUACUGUAGUGGAUAAAUCCUUUGAUUUGCUGCGCAGCGGCACCGUUUUAAUUUUCUCCGCAUCUCGAAACAUAAAUCUACAGCAAUUUGUCUGAAAAUGUCAUGAGUUCAUCGUGUGAUA